AUGAGAAUGCUCAUAUGCAGCCAAGAAGGAUGCAAGAUGAAAGCAACAGCUAGAUGCCGCUGCAAAGAUCCAGAGCUAUUGUUUUGUGCUGACCAUUUAGGCAAUCAUUUAAUUAACUCUCCAGGUAAGCAUGACUAUGAAAAAUUGUUUGAUGAUCCCUACCUCCAAACAAAAAAUGAUGUCUUAAGUUAUAUACAAAACGAACUCCAAAGCUUGGAAAAUUUAAAGAUAAAUAUAACAAAAGAAGUUUAUACUGAGAUGUGCAAGAUAAAAAGUAGCUUACUCCUCCCCCUUCGUGAGUGAACAAAAAAAUUUUGUUCGCUCAGGAAGGAGGUUAAUUUUUUUAAAAAAAGUAUAAAUAGCAUUUAUAGUAAAUGCUCUAUCCAAAAUUUAAAAAAAUCCCAAUUUGAAAGCUAAAAAUUCAUUUAAUGUGUAAAAUUUAUGUUUUUAAAAAAUGCAAUUUGUUUAAAUUCAACAGAUUAACUAGACAUUACAUUUUAAUAAUUGUUAUUUAUAUAUAAAAUUUUUUAUAAAAUUUAGUUUUUCUCAUAGAGGUUUUUACCAGAAAAUUUUUCCAAUAGUUUUGGUGGGGAAUUAGAUGUCUAUAUUGGAAAAAUAGAUGAAAAAAUUGUUUCAUUUUGACGUAAUCUGGAUGAAAUUAUGUGAGCAUUAGAAAAUAGUAAUGACAGCACAAAUCUAGAGUAUUUAAAGCUGCCUUCCUCAGAAGCUAUUGCUUACUUCAAAGAAAAUAAUAAAAAUUUGAUUGAGGAUUCUACUAGCGAAUCAAUAAUUUCCGAGAUCUUUAAAAAUUUAGGAUGGUUCAGACUGUCAGAGUUUCAAGAAAUGUCAAGCAAGAUUAAAGAUUUAGACGAAGAAUUGCUUAGUGUAAAACAGUCGUGUGACGAAAAAAUAAACCAAAAUGAAUAUGAGCACACAAAAAUAAUAGAAUCAUAUGAGAUGACUAAUACAAAUUUGAAAAAGAUUUAUGAUGAGUUGUAUAAAGAAAAGAGAGAACUUGAGCUAAGAUAUAAUCAACUUAUAGAAGAUCAUCAGAAUUGCCAAUCUCAGCCUAAAAGAUCUUCAAUUCCUGAGCCAGUAAGAUUAAUCCCAAGCAUACCUGGUAUACCUCAGAUAAAUUUUUUUAAGCAAAGCAGUAUUGAGUCUUCUAAAGUUUCUACUGUUGAUGGGCGGGGAUAUACUUGCUCUUUAUGCAUGGGAAAGUUUCGCGCUAAUGAAAUUCAUAAAAAUGAUUGCGGGUGUCUUAAUUGUGGGAAUUGUCCAUUUCCAGAUUUCGAAAAAAUUAAGGGUAUGCAUAAUAGAAGAUGCCGCGUAUGCAAUAAGAAAAAAGUUCUUUUUACUGGAUCAUGGACAUAA